AUGCAAAGGACCAGCCAACAUUUGGCGAGCAGGAGUGACCGCUGCACCUGUGACCGCUGCGCCUGUGACCGCUGCACCUGUGACUGCUACACCUGUGACCGCUGCGCCUGUGACCGCUGCACCUGUGACCGCUACACCUGUGACCGCUACGCCUGUGACCGCUACGCCUGUGACCGCUACACCUGUGACCGCUGCACCUGUGACCGCUACACCUGUGACCGCUACGCCUGUGACCGCUACGCCUGUGACCGCUACGCCUGUGACCGCUGCACCUGUGACCGCUGCACCUGUGACCGCUACACCUGUGACCGCUACACCUGUGACCUCUGCACCUGUGACCGCGGCACCUGUGACCGCUGCACCUGUGACCGCUACACCUGUGACCGCUGCACCUGUGACCGCUGCACCUGUGACCGCGGCACCUGUGACCGCUGCACCUGUGACCGCUACACCUGUGACCGCUGCACCUGUGACCGCUGCACCUGUGACUGCUACACCUGUGACCGCUGCACCUGUGACCGCUACACCUGUGACCGCUGCACCUGUGACCGCUAG